AUGGCUACUAGACUCAUAGUAUUGUCUUGUAUUUUCUUAGCCUUCUUUCAAUCAUCAAAUGCAGCAUAUAACGUGGUCAGUUUUGGAGCUAGAGCAGAUGGGAAAACUGACUCGACGCUACCAUUUCUUAGGGCAUGGGGGUCAGCAUGCAACUCUGUUCGAUCUGCCACUAUUUACGUUCCUAGAGGGACUUUCUUGCUAAAACCAAUAGUUUUUUCCGGGCCAUGUAAGAGUAAAAUUGUGUUUCAGAUUGCUGGCACUCUUGUUGCCCCAUCAGAUUAUUGGAGCAUUGGGAAUUCUGGAAAUUGGAUUUUGUUCAACAAGGUCUCUUGGGUUUCAGUCAAAGGUGGAAUUAUCGAUGCAAAGGGAGCUAGCUAUUGGUCUUGCCGGAGAGCCGGAAGGAGUUGCCCAACUGGAUCAAGUUCAAUAUCGUUCAUGUGGUCAAGCAAUAUCGUGGUGAAUGGCUUGAAAUCAAUCAACAGCCAGUUAAUUCAUAUUGCUAUUUACCAUUGCAACGAUGUUGUUCUUCGAAACUUGAAAAUUACAGCCCCCAGCACGAGCCUCAACACCGAUGGCAUACAUGUGCAAUCCUCAACUGGGAUCACCAUUAGUUCAAGUAUGAUAAAGACAGGAGAUGAUUGCAUAUCCAUUGGUCAGGGCUCUAAGAACUUGUGGAUUGAUCAUAUUGCCUGUGGCCCUGGACAUGGAAUAAGCAUUGGUAGCUUGGGCGAUAAUGUCUAUGAAGAUGGUGUGCAGAAUGUAACAAUAACAAGUUCAGUUUUCACAAGAACUCAAAAUGGAGUACGGAUAAAAUCAUGGGCCAGGCCUAGCAAUGGAUAUGCAAGAAACAUUGUUUUUAGAAACAUUAUCAUGAGAGAUGUCUAUAACCCUAUAAUCAUUGAUCAAAAGUACUGUCCCGAUAACAAAGGCUGUCCAAAUCAGAAUUCUGGCGUGAAGAUUAGUCAAGUGACCUACAAAAACAUAAGAGGAACAUCGGCCUCGCAAGUAGCCAUGAAUUUUAUUUGCAGUUCUAGUAAUCCAUGCAACGGGAUCAAAUUGCAAAACAUAAGGCUUACUUACAAUAAAAGAGCUGCAACAUCUUCCUGCACCAAUGCCGCUGGGCUCAGUAACGGAGUUGUCAUUCCAAGGAGUUGUUUGCAAAAGUAG